UCAACUGCGGUAUCGUCCUUCCCCACCAUCAUCUAUUCUGUCGUUCCUCCGGUACCACCAUCUUUUUUUUUUCCUUCUUCUCUCACAUCUCCACCAACCACAGCAAACACACUAUCACAAAAACCAUCCAGCUGAUCGUCGAUCCCACCCCCUCUCCACGUGGAUUGCAGGGACAACUUUCUGCCUCGGUCUUGUAGAGUCAGACAAGAAGAAAACUUGGAAAACAUACCAAGAUCUUCUGGUCUGGCAGCUGAUUUCCCCACGGGGAAGCGGGGACUGUCUUCGGCUCAGGAACUUCUUUCGGGCUGAUACAGCUGCUAUGCACUCGUUGAAUACGGCGAUGGCUUCCUCUUCUGGGGGAGAUGCCUUUGAGGAAAGAUGCAAGUUCAACGUCGACGUCGAACCAGGGUUGAGAGAGAUAAACUCAAUACCUUGUGGAAUAUGUCAAAGCGGGAGGGGAGGAGCGCGGUGUUGCUCGAGGUUCAAAUUGAGCUCAUUUCCCGGAUGAAAAAAGGAUCAGCAAUUCAACUGAGACAGCGGGAUCAUUGUCUGUUGACUCGUUGUUUUGACGCUUGAAAGACUUAAACUUUGCUGUGUACGGCUCUCUCCGUGGUGGUUUAGUUCAGACUUUUGUUCCAACUACCACUCUUACAACUUGAGCUCUCAGUCUUACAGUUGAGCUUCACAAUGAAGUUUCAAAGUCUUCUUUCUGGCUUCGGUCUUCUUACGGCUGUGGUAGCUGUUCCAGCUCCUUUCCCUGCACCAGAUGCAAUUCCGGAUCUUCAACCUGCUGAGCCGGCCACACCAGCUCUGGAAGAACGAGCAGCCAAAGUCACAGUCGCUGUUCCCUCUGGAACUGUCAUCGGCUCAAGUUCUGGAAAAGUUGAUUCCUUCAGAGGAAUUCCCUUUGCGGAUCCACCGACGGGCUCUUUACGACUUAAACCGCCAAAGAAACUAUCCAAGCCUCUAGGCAACUUUGAUGCUUCAGGACUUGUUGGUCCGUCAUGUCCUCAGAUGUUUAUCUCAUCCGGUGCCCAAGACGUCAUCUCCAAGUUUCUCUCAGACUUCCUGGCCAUUCCCUUCCUUACUCCCAUCACUGGUCAGGAGGAUUGUCUUACCAUGACUGUUCAACGACCGGCUGGCACUAAGGCUGGUGAUAAACUUCCUGUGUUGUUCUGGAUCUUUGGCGGUGGCUUUGAACUUGGUUCGAGCGCUAUGUACGAUGGAACUAGUCUCUUGGGUACUGCCAUUGAUCAGGACCAGCCGUUUAUCUAUGUUGCUGUCAACUACCGCGUCGCUGGCUUCGGAUUCAUGCCAGGUGCCGAGAUCAAGAAGGAUGGAAGUUCGAACUUGGGUCUUCUUGACCAGCGCAUGGGUCUUCAGUGGGUUGCCGAUAACAUUGCUUCCUUCGGUGGUGAUCCUGAUAAGGUCACCAUCUGGGGCGAAUCUGCCGGUGCCAUCUCAGUGCUUGAUCAGAUGGUUCUCUACGGUGGUGAUGCCGAUUACAAUGGCAAGCCCCUUUUCCGCGGCGCCAUCAUGAACUCUGGCAGUGUUGCCCCCGCGGAGCCUGUGGAUAGUGACAAGGCGCAAGCUAUCUACGACGCAGUAGUGAAAUCGGGCGGAUGUUCUGGAUCUUCUGAUACCCUCGCUUGUCUCCGUGGUCUGAGUUACGACAAGUUCUUGAACGCAGCAAACUCUGUUCCGGGACUCUUGUCAUACAACUCCCUUGCUCUGUCAUACCUCCCCCGCCCAGACGGUACAGUUCUUCCUGAUAGCCCAGAAGCACUCAUCGCAUCAGGUCGUUACCACGCUGUUCCCAUGAUCAACGGCAACCAAGAAGACGAAGGCACUCUCUUUGCUCUCUUCCAGCCAAACUUGACCACGACAGCCAAGUUCGUCGAUUACCUUCAGCAACUCUACUUCCAAAAAGCUACCAAGGAGCAAUUGACCGCUCUGGUGAACACAUAUCCCACCGCUCUCAGCGCAGGAAGUCCUUUCCGAACAUCCCUCCUCAACGAAGUCUUCCCCAUGUUCAAGCGCCGCGCUGCCAUCUUCGGCGACUUGGUCUUCUCUCUUACCCGCCGAAUCUUUCUCCAAACAGCAUCUGAGCAGAAUCCCGACGUUCCAGCAUGGUCUUACCUCGCGAGUUACAACUACGGCACACCAAUUCUCGGCACGAUGCACGGUUCUGAUCUGCUACAAGUCUUCUUUGGUAUCUGGCCGAACAACGCUAUGCGCAGUAUCAGGACGUAUUAUUUCAACUUUGUGUAUAACUUGGAUCCCAACAAGGGUGUUACUAAGUAUGCGAAUUGGCCAGAGUGGAAGGAUAGUAAGAAGCUUAUGUGGUUUGAGACGGCGAAUAAGAACAGUAUCAUUGAUGAUAACUUCAGGACGGCGCAAUAUGAUUGGAUUUCGAACAAUGUGGAGGUUUUGAAGGUGUAAUUAAGGACAUAGUUAUGAAUUAAUGCAUAUGCUUUUGCUUGUUCAAAGAUGAGAAUGCCCGCAUAUCACUCACUAUCCAGUGACUGAUUGUAGUUGUGUACAUCUCCUAAGACUGCCCGAGAGUUGAGGAGUUUACACCAUCCAGCUCUAUCCUCACUGUUGUCUAUAAUGUUCCGAAAGCCCGGCCUGUCAUCUUGAAGUCUAUUCAGAAAGAUGGAAAGGCCCAAUACCUCCUUAUCCAGUCCAUCAAAGACAUGCUCCAAUCAAGCUCUGCUCUAAAGCUUUGCCAUUUUCAUGAUCUUUAAGGACAUGAAUUCUA